UAUCCAUAAUAAAGCCUUUAUUAUGGAUAUCUAUGGUUCUGCUGGCCUGGAGCUGUGGUUCCGCCUGUGGCCCGCGGGGGGCAGCACCGCCAGCAGAACCUCCCCCCGCAGAGAGGAAGUCCGGAACCAGCGCGUGAUGGCGGAACUGAACCGGCAGCUUCAGGAGUACCUGUCCCAGUCCAAGAGCGGCGGAACCAAGUCCAGCUCCAGCACCGCGGUGGAAGUGGGAGAACCGGAGGCGGUACCGGGCAGCUGGUUCGGCAGAUGGUCCAGUCCGUGGUCCGGUCAGAGCUCGGCGGGGAGCAGCGGGACGUCCUGGCCAUGGUCGGCGGAACCGGACCCGUGGCUGCCCGGCGUGACGCGGAAGCAGCGGCUGCUGGGCUUCGGGGUGUGCGUGGCGCUGUCGGCGCUCUGCUUCGGCCUCUCGGUUCUGUACGCCCCGCUGCUGCUGCUCUACGCCCGGAAGUUCGCGCUGCUCUGGACCCUGGGCUCCCUGUUCGCCGUGGCGGCGGCGGCGGUCCUGCGGGGGCCCGGCAGGCUGGUGUCCCCGGGGGCCGCGGUGUACCUGUGCGCCCUGGCCGGCACCCUGUACGCGGCGCUGGGGCUGCGCAGCACCGCGCUGACCGCGCUGGGCGCCGGCCUGCAGGGGGCGCUCCUCCUGGGGGCGCUGCUCGCCCUGGUGCCCGGGGGCAGCGCCGGGAUGCGGUACUUGGGCGGCUGGACGCUCUCCGUUCUCAAGAGAACCCUGCCCAUGUAGGCGGUACCGAGCUGAGAGACUGCUCUGCAGAACCGAGCCUCACCGCGGACUGCCAGGAGAACCCGGUGUUCUGUUUGACCUGAUAAACUGUGAUGGUUCCGAGUUGUUGUGACUUUGUUAAUAAAACGGUUCUACCAGCA